AUCAAUGGCGAUGGUGAAAACGACUGCGAUUUUCGCCGUUUGGUCACACGAUAUCUCAGUUUCUCUGAGUGAUGAUGAAUUGUUGUUGCAUAACUAUUAUGUGCUGUGUAACUAUGGAAUUGAGAAGAGUAGGAUUGGGAAGAUUUACAUGGAGGCCAAGGAAGUUUUCAGUUAUGAUGAUGGGGUUUUGCAGUCAAAAAUCACAUCUUUUGAGAAUUGGGGGUUGAGACAUUCUCUUGUUGUUGAGAUUAUUUCUUGCAGCCCCCAUCUCUUAAUUGGUAGUGAUAAUCAAGAAUUUCAUGAUUUCUUGGAAAAAGUAAAGAAAUUAGGGCUUGAUUUGGGCUGGCUUGAGAAGCAUGUAAGGGGAUGUGAUUAUUGUGAUUGGAAAUGUAUGGUUGAGGUGAUGUGUUUAUUAGGUGAGUUGGGGUUGAGAGAUGAGCAGAUAGGGCAAGUGAUCAAGAACCAUCCUGGUCUUCUGCUCGAGUGCUCUGGCCGUUGUAGCUUGUGCUUAUUUGCUCUCUUGUUGAAGUUUGGAACGACACCGAGUGGUGCACAAGCAGUUUUCCAUCACUUCCCAAAAGUAUCAGUCGUGGGCUUCACUAGAAACUUGCUUCGGAGCUAUCAGUUUCUAGUUGGGAUAAACAUGCCUUUUCGUGAUAUAGUUAGGAUGUUUAGUCUGUAUCCGCUACUUCUAGGCACGUGCCAGCUCAAAAAGGUCGGUAGCUUAGUCCAUCUAUUGAACUGUGGAGUAAGCCGGAUUUGCAAGAUGGUGGAGGAGGACCCUUAUGUCUUAAGGAAAUGGAUACGUGGAGUGAGAGUUGAACGGCUGCAGCAGCCAAGCCGGGCUGCCAGAGGGAGAGGGGUGAAGGCUAGGUUUCUUGAAACACUCGGCUUUGUUGAGAAAUCGUGUGAAAUGGAGAGGAUUCUUAGGUUGUUGAUGGGGAAGGGAGAAGAGCUACAAGAGAGGUUUGAUUGUAUAGUGAAUAGUGGAUUGAGUGAAGAGAAUGCAUUAGCAAUGCUGAGAUCAGAUCCUAGAGUUCUCAACAUGUCUAAGGAUGUAAUAGAGAGGAAGAUCGAUGUUAUUGUACGAGAAUUGGGCUAUCCGGUGAGUGUUGUGCUUGCUCAUCCCAUACUCUUGACUUAUACUACUAAGAGGUUGAAGCUUAGGCUUUUGAUGCAUAAAUGGUUGAAAGAUGAAGGGUCAGUGAAGGCGGAGUCGAGUUUAAGGAGUUUCUUGAAAUACUCGGAGGAGAGGUUUGUGAGGUGCUAUGUGAAUCCUCAUCCCGGAGGGACUUUAGUUUGGGAGAGACUGAAGAAAAACAUGGAUUCAUCAUCGGGGAUGGCAUGAAAAGGGAGGCCGCGUUCGCACAAGUGGUGCGACACUCCUUGUUUUGGUGAAGGACAAAUUUAUACUUAGAAGAAUAAGUAAAUAUUAUUCCAUCAUUCUCAAAAAAAAUAGACAGACUUGUAUAUAUCAAUAUUCACAA